UUUUCGUAAACGUCACUUCCGAGAUAAUGUGAAUAGUACUGCGCAGCCGCCAAGUCAUUGAACUGCAAGUAGCCGGAGCGAGUAGACGUGGUCUUACUUGCUCGAUCAUUAUUGAUAUAUUUUUACAUAUUGACGAGGUCAAUAUACUCUUAGAACUUUUUCAGAGUUCAUUAUCGUUUCUGACGUGGUCAGAUCAGUUUUCGGGGGCGAUUUUGUCUGACGUGGUCAGAUAUUUUUUCAUCGGUUUUGAAAGUUCAAACCACGUGCGUCAUGGCGGACGUUCCUAACCCUGACGAUGAUAAAGCACCGGUCAAGGGAAAGAAAAAAGCCCCGAACAAAUCAUCGUCUUCGGAGAAGACACCGUCUAACUUACGUUCGUCGUCGAGUUCGUCGACUUCGACUGGCACUUCCACGUGUUCUCGUGGUCAUGGCGGAGGACAUGAUAGUUCCGCGCCAAAUAACGAGAAUGAGAUUCUCAACAUAUUAAAAGCGAUUCAAGAGAAUCAAAAGAAACAAGACGAUCGUAUGACAGAGCUAGAAAAUCUGUAUGAUUAUGAUUACCAAGAAUAUGAAGAUCGUCAGGACGAUACCCCGGAAGAACCGGGUACUUCCGGUGAAGCGGCUUCGAGGAAGCGCGCAUUAGACGAGAUUCUGACUGAUACGGAAAACAAGUACGUCAAUGCCGGUAAGAAACUUAAAGUUAAAGAGACUUGUGAUAAACCGAUUGAUGAUGAACUAGCUAAUCUCGUGACAGAUUGGUUCCGAGAGGGAAUCGAGGAAGAACGAUAUAAUGAACUUCUGAAAACGACAAAUCGUCCUGAAAACUGUUCAGCAUUAGUGACUGUGAAAACUAACCAAAUGGUUUGGGAUUUUUUGAGCCCAACUACAAAAUCUUCCGAUAAGAAGAUGCAAAAUGUUCAGACUUCGUUGAUCAAGGGUGCUUGUGCACUCACUAAAAUGACUUAUUUGCUCGGUAAGUGUGACAAUCCCGAGAUUUUAGACCUUUUGGGAAAUGCUAUGGAAUCAUUGGCAUUGCUGGGGCAUGCCAACAGACAGUUGUGUAUGUUGCGUAGAGAAUUUAUGAAACCUGAUAUGAAGGGUGAAUAUACUCACCUUUGUAGUCAUAAUUUAAAGUAUACAGACUAUUUGUUUGGUGACGAUGUCCCUAAAACUGUAAAAGACAUCACAGAUUGUUCCAAAAUCAGCAACAAAAUUGGUAUCGGAUAUAGAGGGAGCUUCCGUGGUCGCUUUAUGAGGGGACGAUCACGUGGACGCUUUGUCCGAGGAGCUGCAAGGGGUCGUGGAUCCUACUCGAAUGCUGCAUCCUUCUCAUCUGAUUCAAAAAACUACCAACGAAGAGGCUUGCAGAGUCGCCUCCAGAAGUAGUUGAAAAGCCUCAUUGGACGUGUGGUGAGGAAGAUUUGUCAGGACCAAGCAGAGUGUGUACUGGUGGCUCCAGUGUGGCCAACACAGCCAUGGUUCAAUCGUGUGUUAGAAAAACUGGUGGAUCAUCCGGUGAUUUUACCU